GUAAGCAUAGUAUAUAUUAAGAGGCUGCAACAACCAUGCGAACAAAUCUUAAGUUUGUGUAAAAAUGGUGGAACUUGGCUUAGCUUCAGUUUUGGUGUGUGCCUUGUGCCUGUUAUUGAGAGUUGAUGGCGGAUAUGUUAAGUACAACACAGGAGCUGGCGUUGUACCAGGCAAACUCAAUGUUCAUCUGGUUGCGCAUUCGCAUGAUGAUGUUGGAUGGUUGAAGACUAUUGAUCAGUACUUUGUUGGAUCCAAUAACAGCAUUCAGGGCGCUUGUGUCGAGAAUGUGCUGGACUCGGUUGUGGUAGCCUUGCUUCGAGAUCCAAACAGGAAAUUUGUUUUCGCUGAAAUGGCUUUUUUUUAUCGAUGGUGGGUAUAUCAAAGUCCAGAAAUACAAGAAGACGUGAGAAAACUUGUAGAUGGCGGCCAAUUGGAAUUCGUAAAUGGUGGUUGGUGUAUGCAUGACGAAGCAACAACCCAUUAUAUAGACAUGAUUGACCAAACAACACUUGGUCAUCGUUUUAUAAAAGAACAGUUUAACUACACUCCUCGUGCUGGAUGGCAAAUCGAUCCCUUUGGACAUUCUGCUGUGCAAGCUUACCUACUUGGAGAUGAAGUGGGGUUUGAUUCUGUGCAUUUUGCAAGAAUUGAUUAUCAAGACAGAGCAAAGCGCAAGGCUGACAAAUCUCUUGAAGUUAUAUGGCAAGGUUCCAAGACUUUUGGCUCUUCAUCUCAGAUUUUUACCAAUGCCUUUCCGGUUCAUUACAGUCCUCCCGUUGGUUUCCAUUUUGAAGUAGAUGAUGAUUUUGUGCCUCUCCAGGAUAAUCCCCUACUGGAGGACUACAAUGUUGAUGGACGUGUUAAUGAGUUUAUUGAGGCUGCUUUAAGCCAAGCAAAUGUGACCCUGGAAAACAAUGUUAUGUGGACAAUGGGUGAUGAUUUCCAAUACCAAUAUGCUGAGUCUUGGUUUAAGCAAAUGGACAAAUUCAUUAACUAUGUGAAUAAGGAUGGCCGAGUUAAUGCAUUAUAUUCUACACCAUCUCUCUAUACCAUUGCAAAGAAUGCAGCAAAUGCAUCAUGGCCACUAAAAACUGAUGAUUACCUGCCAUACGCAGAUGAAAUAAAUGCUUACUGGACAGGGUUCUUUACUAGUCGGCCCGCCUUUAAGCGAUAUGUGCGGGCAUUGAGUGGAUAUUAUUUGGCAGCAAGACAGCUUGAAUUCUUGGUUGGGAGGAGACCAUCUGGGCCCAAUACCCACUCUCUCGGAGAUGCUUUAGGAGUUGCUCAGCACCAUGAUGCUGUCACUGGCACUGCUAAACAACAUACAACAGAUGACUAUGCUAAACGCCUAUUUAUUGGAGCCUCUGAGUCAGAAGCAGUUGUGAGCUCUGCUCUAUCAUGCCUAACUGGUUCUGGAUCAAGCGAUCAAUGCGCAAAGCCUCAAACAACAUUUAGCCAGUGUCCAUUGCUAAAUAUCAGUUACUGCCCUCCAACAGAGGAAGACAUUUCAAAUGGAACAAAUUUGGUUGUAGUGGCUUACAAUCCAGUUGGAUGGAACCGCACUGACAUUAUAAGGAUACCAGUUAAUUACAAUAAUCUGGUUGUAAAAGACUCAUCUGGCAAUGUUAUUGAUGCCCAAUAUGUACCUAUGGAUGGUGUUACAAUCAACUUAAGGAAAUUCUAUACUGAGGCCUACUUAGGAAAUUCAUCGAAUCAAGUCCCUAAAUACUGGCUACUCUUUCAAUUAUCUUUGCCUCCGUUAGGUUGGAACACUUAUUUUAUUUCCAACGCAGCUGGUACAGUAGAAAGAGGACUGGAAGAUCUCACUGCAAUGGACAAUCCACAGAAUGAUACCAUUGAAGUUGGACCUGGAAAUUUGAAGAUGUACUUCUCCAAUACCACUGGACAACUUAAACGAAUGCAUAAUUUGAGAACAGGCGCUGAGGUCGCUUUGCAACAGAGCUUUCUGUGGUAUGGUUCAAGUACAGAUCCUCAACAAGCUUCCGGUGCCUACAUUUUUCGGCCCAAUGGCGCCCCAUCAACUAUAGUUUCUAGAUCAGUUCAAAUGCAAGUUGUUCGUGGACCACUGGUAGAUGAAGUUCAUCAAAAUUUUAGUUCAUGGAUCCACCAGGUCGUUAGACUUUACAAGGAUAAAGAGCAUGCUGAAGUUGAAUACACUGUCGGACCAAUUCCAACAGACGAUGGUGUUGGAAAAGAGGUGAUAUCACAAAUUACAGCAAAUAUGGUUACAGAUAAAAGUUAUUAUACUGACUCCAAUGGAAGAGACUUUCUAAAGCGGGUUCGAGACUACAGAGCUGAUUGGAAUCUUUCAGUUAAUCAACCUGUAGCCGGAAAUUACUAUCCUCUUAACCUUGGAAUUUACAUUGAGGAUAAGAAAUCUGAACUCUCAGUCUUAGUUGAUCGUGCUACUGGAGGAGCCAGCAUUAAGGAUGGACAAGUAGAGCUAAUGCUUCAUAGGCGCAUACUUGAUGAUGAUGGUAGGGGAGUUGGAGAAGCCCUUGAUGAAACUGUUUGUGUUAAAGACAAUUGCGAAGGACUGACGGUUAGAGGAAACUACUACUUGAGUAUCAAUGAAAUAGGGGCUGGAGCAAGUUGGCGUAGGACAACUGGUCAAGAGAUUUAUUCACCAAUUCUUUUAGCUUUCACACAUGAGAAACUGGAGACUUGGAAAGCAUCACAUGUGACAAAAGCAACUACCAUGGAUUCAGACUACAGCUUGCCCCUCAAUGUUGCUUUAAUUACUCUUCAGGAGUUGGAGGAUGGAAGUGUUCUUCUCCGUUUGGCACAUCUAUAUGAGGAGGGUGAAGAUGCUGAGUAUUCCACACUGGCCAAAGUUGAACUAAAGAAGAUGUUUAAUGGAAAAUCGAUAAAAGAGCUAAAGGAAAUGAGCUUAUCAACAAACCAAGAAAAAUCAAAGAUGAAGAAGAUGAAAUGGAAAAUUGAAGGUGACAAUGGACAAACACACUCCCCAGUUAAAGGUGGCCCUGUUGAUAGUUCAACUCUUGUUGUUGAGCUCGGUCCUAUGGAAAUUCGCACUUUCUUGUUAAAAUUUUUAUAAUAAGUUAUGUAUUACAUAUCAUCUUCUUCUACUUCUUAACAAUAAAUGACAAUCAAUAAUAAUAAGCAUUUAUAUAAGGUUAUGAGGUUUCCAA